AUGGAAACAGGAAAAAGAGGAGAGUCCGUUGAAGUAAGGGAGAAGGCUAAUUAUCGAGUUUUUUUUUUUUUUUUUUUUUUUUUUUUUUUUUUAUCACAGUCUUAGUCCUUAAGGCUUUAAAGCUUAACAUUGUGACGUCUUACUUUGUUGCACCCAGUUCAAAUAAUGAGAGCCAUGAUUAGCAAUUAUAGUGUUCGGAAGAGGAAAUUGUCAUAUUUCAAUUGACUGGCAGUCAGAGUUUGACGUUUUAGGAUGAAGAAAUUGCCAUACGUCAAAAGAUAUAAGUCAUUCAAUUUCAUGUUUGAACUUAGAAGUCUUCGAUGCCAAACCUGGCUGUUAUUUUGUUUUACCCUUGUACAAAGGAUUUGACAUAAGUUUUUUUUUUUACAGGUCACAUCUACUUGCAAAAGAUUUGUGCAGUAAUGUAAAGUGAAUAACGUUAUCCACAUCUCUCAGGUAAUGAAAAAAUCAAGCUCUUACCUCAUAGAGUAAACGCGGCUAAUAAUUUCAAUUUUGGAGUUUUGGCAUUUUGACAUGAAUGUCAUGCUGAGCCUAAAUUCUCCAAUGAAUGAAAAGCCUUUUCGAAGAACAGCUAUCUAAUUAUUUCCGUGGCUGGUGGUUUCUUUCAAGUUCUUAGGUUUUAUUUAGUUUUUUCGGUGUUGUGUAAACGCAGAUAGACAAAUGAAUCGUGCCAAAUUAUAUUUUUUUCCGUCAAACUUGGAAUUAUGUAGAUGAUGAAACGGAAGCAACAAGAGUUCCACUGAUUUUUUCUCCACGAACUUUUUUUCUUGAGAACAGUCUCGCGCUUUUUGUUUGGUUUGGAAUCAAUUUUGCUUAAACGCGACGAGCUCUAAAUCGUUGAAACUAAGGCCUCAGCAACAUUUGCAUGGUAGGUCAAUAACCAAUGUCAAACAAUAACAAUAGUGAAGUUAAAGACACAAACUCUCUUUUGGGGGGAAGCAAAGACAUGUUUGACAUAGCUUAAAAGACCUGAUUUUAAGAUAAACAAUGUUAAACUUGAACAAUGGUGAAGUUAAAGACGCUAACUUUUUUUUUCUCAAUAGAUGCAAAGGCAUGUAGGCUAUGAAACGGAUGCAACGAGAGGGGCAGUGAUUUUCUAUCCAGAACUCCUCUGCUUAAUAACAAUCUCGCCCCUUUUUUCUGGUGUGGAAUCAAUUUUGGUUAAACACGACUAGCUUUGAAUCGUAGAAACUUAAACCUCGGCAACAUUUGCAUAGUAUAAAAGUCACUAACCAUUGUCAAACAAUAACUGUGGUGAGGUUAAAGACAUAUUAAUUUUUUGGAGAAGCAAAGACAUAUUUGAGAUAUUUUGGAAUGCCUGAUUUUAAUACAAUGCACUCAAAAUUUAUGCUCUUAGUAGGAAAAGAUAAAACAUGUGCCAAUCGAUACGAUCUGUUGAUAUCUUGAAACUUUGUUUUCAGAUCUGAGCGGUUUCCUUUCUGUCAAGUUUGGAAUCUUCUGUACACCAUGUCUUUGUUUACAUACUCUGAGGCGGCACAAAUCGGUCUUCGCACGGCGUUUUCGCUGAUCGUGGCAGUCAACCUCGUUGGCAAUUCAUCGGUCUGCUUGGUGGUCUGGCGGAACAGACGGAUGAGAACUGCCAUGAACUUCCUGCUUAUCAACCUUGCCUGCGCUGACAUGAUGGUGGCCGUCUUUAUAGCACCACAAUAUAUAUUCCUCCAUACGUUUAACCAUCCGAAUGGCCUCACUGGAGAGUACUUAUGCAAACUAUGCACUGGUGGGAACCUUAUGUGGACAGGGGGAGUGGUGUCGGUUGUAUCGUUAAUUGGAGUUGCGUUUGAAAGGUACUUUGCGGUGCUGUAUCCCCAUGACGAGAACCGUCGUAUUUCGAAAAAAAAACUCAAAUUUAUCAUCCCAGCUUGUUGGUUAUUUUCCAUCUGCUGGAAUCUUCCCUUGUUUCUGCUCGUUAAAUACGACGCGAAUUUAGAUUUCUGCUACGAGGACUGGCCCCCUGGUUGGUACAUGAAUGCUUACAGCUUGGGAUGGCUCAUCAUGAUUGGUAUUCUGCCGGUUACCAUCAUGUCCGUUCUGUACAGCCGAGUUGUUUAUCAGCUUUGGGUGAGAAAAUCACAGCCUGUGGACCUCCCUCAGCUUGCAGUGGUCAGAUCACGCAAGCGUGUCACGAAAAUGGUGUUAUCCGUGACAGUUGUGUGCGCUGUAUGCUGGCUUCCAAACCUCAUUGCCUACGUUCUUGAUUUCUACGGUUUGAAUUCUCACGGUGAUGUAGUACACACGACGACAGUGGUUCUGGUUUCGUUAAACUCGGCUGCCAAUCCAAUUAUCUACUGUUUUCAGAGCAAAGAUUUCAGAAGGCAUAUUAAGGCCCUGUGGCUUUCUCCUCGCUCGAUGCGAUCAGGUGCAACAGUAGGAACUCCAAAAGACACUGCUGCUCUACCUGUAAAUAGGUCGCGAGCGACGCAAUCAUUUGUAAAUUGA